UUUCGGCGCGCGUGCGCAUUGUGACUGGCUGCUUGGCUUCCACCUGUGAAGGUACCGUGUGUGCGAGGAGGAGGGGGCGCACGCGCGUCAGAGAUUCCUCCCCUUGCGAGCUCACAGCUCCGAUCGGGCCCCCCUUCUCUCCCGCCCCGGCAUGGGGCGCUGCGGCUGCUGCCCCUCCCUCGCUGGCCGGACUCCCCCUGAAAUCCGCCCGCCUCAGCAGGGCCUGUAGGGGGAGAGGCCGGAGGAAGACGACGAGACCCCACCUGCCCCCCUCUCUCAAGCCCCGGCCAUGAGGAGAAACUCCCGCCUUCAGUGACCGCCGCUGCUGCCGCUAUCGCAAUGGCUCAGGCCGAGAAAAUGGAGCUGGAUCUGGAGUUGCCACCGGCAGGGAGCGACGGGGGCGGCCUGAGGCGCUCCAAUAGCGCCCCCCUCAUCCACGGGCUCAGUGAUAAUUCACAGGUUUUUCAGCCUUACGUCUUGAGAACCCGCAGGAACAGCACAACUGUUAUGAACCGGCACAGCAUGCUGGUGUCAUCAUCUCCAAUUCGUAUUCCUAGCAGCCGGCUCCAUCAAAUCAGAAGGGAAGAAGGAGUUGAUGUGAUGAACAGAGAAACAGCACAUGAAAGGGAAGUGCAAACAGCAAUGCAGAUCAGCCAGUCAUGGGAGGAAAGUUUGAGCCUGAGUGACAACGACUUGGACAAAUCUGAAAAAUCAUCAUCUCCAAAGAGGAUAGAUUUUAUUCCUGUUUCUCCAGCACCUUCACCUACAAGGGGAAUUGGAAAGCAAUGUUUUUCACCAUCCUUGCAAAUGUUCGUGAGUAGUAAUGGAUUGCCUCCAAGCCCCAUUCCCAGUCCCACAAGGAGAUUUUCAAACAGGAGAAGCCAGAGUCCAAUCAAUUGCAUCAGGCCCAGUGUUCUUGGUCCCAUUAAAAGGAAAGGUGAGAUGGAAACCGAAAGCCAGCCAAAGAGACUCUUCCAAGGAACUACCAAUAUGCUUUCUCCUGAUGUGACACAUUUGACAGACCUCAGUUCCUGCUUGUCUUCAGAUAUUCUGGAUGGGAGCACAAGCAGCGUGAGCUCAUCAUCCGAUUCACUGGCCAAAGGCAGCAGUACUACAGAAUCACCAGUCGCAUGUUCAAACUCAUGUUCUUCAUUCAUCUUAAUGGAUGACCUUUCACCCAAGUGACUUACCCAGUCAUCAAUGUUUGCCUGAGCUGUUACCGUGCUGUCCAUUGUACAGAAAAACCCAUGCAAUUAAAUCCUUGAGGACAUGAGGAUUUAAAUACUGAGUGGGAAUAUCAACAUAACCUUAUUCCUUGGUAUCUUUUACAAAUGAUUUUGAUUAUCCUUCUUAACGAACACAUGCUACUGAUGACUGGGCUUGCUGAUUUUUUUUUAAUUUUAUUUUUACAGAUAUUUCCUCAGAUUGUACUAACUUGCUUUCAAGGAAACUGCAUACACUUUUAAAAAAAAAUCCCAAACAAGCACCUAAAUUGUAUUAGCAUUAAAACUGUAGAGGGAAAACUGUCCACUGUUGCUAUCAUGAUUACUUAUUCUGGAGAUAAGAAUAGUGGUAAUCUUUGAGAUGCUUUUUAAUUUUUUUUAAUAAACUAGAUUGCUCUUGAUAUUUGUUUAGGAAGAAUAGAGUACUUCUCCUGAUUAGGCAUAUUUUGGACUACAGUUGCCCCACCCCUAAAAAUAAUCACAUCAAAAUGUAAAAUUGUUCCUCAUUUGCCUGUUGCAACCUCUCCUUUGUCAUCUUUCCCCCCAAAAGAAAGGAGUUUCAAACUCUCCUUUAUGCUUUAGUUCAGGUGCUUUUAUAGUGCUAGGAGCCAAUAAUGGUCUACUUAAAAAAAAAAAAAGCUACAGAAUGCUAUAGCAGCUCCUUGAUAUUCACAAUAGGAAGAGGAGAAGAAAAACUUCCUGUGCGCAGCUAUUUAACUCCCCUGCAGCAUUCUCUAAACCAGAAUUCUUAAGAUUAUGUGAAUUACAGCCAGUGGUUGCGGAAGUCUUUUUGGCCUUGAGGAUGCAAGAAAGUACACAAGGGCUUAGGAUCGCCGUGUUGAAUUGGCUGGGUCCUUGUUGUCUCCUAUGGCACUGAGAUAUGUUUGUGCCUUAGGGGGAUGUGGUUACAAAAUGGAGGAAUGUAAACUGAGAGAUUGAGUGGAGGAGCGGACUUUUUGUUUGUUUUUUGUCUUGAAAAGAGUACUUGUAUCAGGUGCUAUAAGCCCACUGCUGUUUUUCCUCAGUUGUUUUUUGACAUUCUUGAUCCAGUGGGAGAAAGAGUUCUGUGAGCAGCCCUAAUUGUUCUGUGACUGCAUUGUCUUCUACAUAAUUGGAGCAACCCUUGGGCUCUGCUUUUUGAGAAGGGCAGGCCAAUAGGCAAGUGUUAAUUCUAGGGGAACACCUUUUUUAUGCUUUUGUUUGGAUGCUGGCUCUGCAUAUAAUUGGACUUUUAAAGAACUUAUGUGAGCUGUGAGAAGUAAACCUGCUGCCAAUACCCUGGUUUAAGUGUGGGGGUUCAGCAAAUGACUUCUUACAGAGAGCGUGAACUGGGCUUUAAAAAAAGGUUCCAUUUGUAAUCUACUGUGUUAUGCUAUUUAUUAUUUAUAACUGUAAAAAAAGUCUGGUGAUGAAUUAUAGUAUUUUUUUAUGAUUGAAAACCUUUUUUAUGUUCUGUGAGUGCUGGCUGGUCUGUAUUUAAUAGGCAACACUGUCUGCCAGAAAUGUACGCUUCCAGUUCUGAAUGUUUGUAAGUAAUUCACAUGCGCUUGUCAAAGUACAACUUACAUUUUGUUUUGUUUUAAAGAUUCUAGCACUGAAAUUGAAGUAAGAGUGUGCUAAGCUGUAAAGCACACCAUCUGUGGCAAUACUUGCCUGGCUUUGGAGGGGAUUGGGGGAGAGGUCUAGAGUAUUCUGGUUAAAAGAGGGAUACUUGGGUUUUUUUAUAUGUAGAUUUGAUUUUAAUUGUUGGGGGUUUUUUGGGGGGGGGGCGGGUUGCAACUGUAAUAAGUACCAUACUUGGGCAAGUGGUGCGUCUCUUAUAUGUAAUACUAUACUCACCUGUGGAGAGUUAGUUUCCCCCAUCUCCAAUAAAUGUGCAUAGUGUAAAUUAUCACCCAGUGGUGCCAUUUUUUUCAAAAAAAAAAAAGAUGACUGAUCAGUGUGUGAAUUGUAUUUGGAUAUGCUCAGUGCUGUUUCUUGCAUAUUGGCUGCUGCAUACACUGCUUUAACUUAAGAGGGAUUUUUGUCCUUGCCUUGUUUUUUUCUUUGUUUUCUUUAGCUACAUAAAGUCCGUUUUUAUGUUUGCAAAAUAACUCUGUGAUGAAGUACAAUUUGUAAACUCUUUUCCAUGCACUUAAGAUCUGUGACAUUGAAAUCCACUUGACAGGUGGCAGUAAAAUAAAAGUUUUUGCAUGCUCCCUUGUAGCGGGGAAGCGUUUGCUUUUAUUUUCCCCAUUGACUCGUUUGAGUGACGUAUUCAAAAUUUCUGUCUGUUUUUUAGAAGUGUGGAGUCUUGUGUAAAACUUUGACCUUUGUACACUUUAAAAUGUGCAAGAUUCAUAAAGCAAAACACACAGCAA